GAAGAAUAGUAGCGGGUGAGUGACCAUUUCCUCCACUAAUGCGAUGAAAUAUGGAGCCUCGCUCUAGUGCACAGGACGUGCACCGCUGUGACCUUUGCGAGACUGCCAUAGUACACAGCUACUGUGACGUUUGUCAUGUCAACCUCUGCAAGCCAUGUAUAGGUGAACAUAUCACAGAUGGAUAUGACAAACAUAAAAUUGUUUCUUUCCAGCAACGAAAAUCAACCUUAAUUUAUCCAAAAUGUGGAACACAUCCACACAAAAACUGCAAAUUCAAAUGCAAAAAUUGUGAAAAUAUUUUAGUAUGUUCGUCCUGCAUGGCAUCAGAACAACAUGGAGGGCAUAGGUUUGAGGAACUUUCAGAAAUUUAUAAGACAAAGAAAGAAACUAUUGAAAAUGAUGCAAAGGAGUUUGUAAAUUGUAUUUCUCCUUCAUAUGAAGAAAUAGCCCUUGACUUGGAAAACCAGCUUGCCAACUUAGAUGGAGGAUAUGAGAAAAUAAGAACAGAAAUAUCCAAACAAGGAGAGCAAUGGCACAGAGAAAUCGACAUCAUCAUCAAUAGGAUGAAAACUGAAAUCAAUGAGAUAAAAAUGAAACACAUUGAUGUUUUACAAAAACGUUUGGAUAAAACCAGACAGACACAGUCUCUCAUAAAACAAACAUUACAGGCUUUGAGGGAUAUUCAGGAAUCCACUGAGGUAUUACGAACCAUUGAAUACAGAUCCGUGGUCAGAGAUUUCAGUAAGCUUCCAAACAUGGAGCAGAUAUCAUUGCCAAAAUUUAUUCCUAAACCAAUAGAUCAUGAGAAGCUGUAUAGUUUCUUUGGCGAAUUAACACCAUUUUCUACUGAUACUAAAGAGAAUACCUCGUCACAAAACCUACAAAAUACUUCAGUCAGAGAAUUAAGGAAUAAACCAAAAAUUAUUGUCACAAUAAAAACUGGAUACUUUACUUUUCCACGCAAUGUCACCUGUCAUAGAGUCGAUGAGAUAUGGGCUAGUGAUGAGAUUAAUAAUAUCCAUUGUUACACCAUUAACGGCACAAUCCUCCAGACAAUCAAAACUAAAUCAGGGAAAUUGGCAUAUGAUAUAGCUGUAGACAGUAGUGGGAAUCUACUGUUCACAGACGAAACAAAGAAAGUGUAUCAAGUCAAAAAUGGACAUACAGAAGAAUUGAUCAUAUUUCAGGGAUGGGUGCCUUGUAAGAUGUGUGUCACCUCUACUGGUGAUCUCCUUGUUACCAUGUAUAGUGAUGAUGAAACUCAAUUUAAAGUUGUCUGUUACUCUGGAUCUACAGAGAAACAAGCCAUUCAAUUUGAUGAUGAAGGUAAACCUUUGUACUCAGGGAAUGGUAGACUUAAAUACAUCACAGAGAACAGAAACCAUGACAUCUGUGUAGCUGACAGUAAGGCUGGUGCAGUAGUGGUGGUUAAUCAGGACGGGAAACUCAGAUGGAGAUACACCGGUCAACUCUUAGUUACCAAGAACAUACCAUUUAAACCCGUUGGUAUCACAACAGACAGUCAAAGUCAUAUCCUGACAGCAGACAUUGACAACCCGUGUAUCCACAUUCUGGAUCAGAAUGGACAGUUUCUCCGUUACAUUGAUAGCUGUUAUCUGAACCAUCCUUUUGGAUUAUGUGUGGACAAUGAUGACAAUCUGUUUGUGUGCGAAAAUGAUGGCAUAGGCAAUAUCAAGAAAAUAAAAUAUUUGAAAUAGAAACCAAAUAACAGGGCUGCGCUUUACAAAACAACUUACGAACAACUUUAUAAAUGUUCCUUACUCACAUGUUAUCAAAUGGGUUGACUUAUUAUCAGUAAGAUUUACAAGAAUUGAAACUAUUAGAUAUAGUAUAGUUUGCUACGAAUUAAUUUUUUUCUGUUGAUAUAUCUAUUUCAUGAGACUAAAAAUAUUGAUUACUUUGUGAUAAGUUCUUAUGUAACGCAGCACAGGACAUUGAUCUAAAUAAUACAAAUUGGACAUUUUCUCAUGCAGUGUGAAAUGUUUUAAAUAGAUGCUGGUAAUUGAAAAUGAAUAUAUCUAUGCAUCAAUUUAGUAUUCAUUAUUGCAUAUUAAAAUGUUCAUUUUAUAUUAAAAAGAACACAUAAAUGCAUUAUGAAUUAUUUUUUUAAUGCGUAAAUUGCAAUUGUAAAUUAAUUUCUCAAUAAAUCAGUAAUUGGCUCAUGGUGUGGAAUAGACGCGUUCAACAGAUUUGCAUGGCGUAUACUAUAUCUAGAUAAGGAUUGUUAAAUCAUAUUUUAAUUUUUGAAAAUACUGUUGUUAUAAAAAUUUAAAUUUUUGGCGUUAACAAAUCGAUGGCUAUCAUAUGCCAUGACCGUUUAAUGACAUGUGGACGGCAUUCCCAAUUUCAAUUUUUUUGUGCCCUUUCUUUUAAAUUAUACGCGUAUAGUGUAUCUAUAAACGUUUGAUUAUGAUUAAAAUAAUUACACAUAAAGGAGCUACUUUACUGCAAUAAAAAGUCGAAAGGCAUAGGUAGAGUUGUUUGAUUGUUCUCUGUUUUAUGUAUAUUUACAUAUCAUAAUUUAAUUCUGGUUGUAACACGCUUUCUGAUUGGUUGAACAAUUUAUUUUAUAUCGUAUAAAGAAUGUUGCCUACGUCAUAGUAUGACAAACGUCAAAAACGUAUCAAUCCGCCGGACGUUACGUUUGAAUUUUGUACAAUUUGAUGUCAUUUUAUAGAUCAAAUGACCGUUUUUAUCAACAAUUGAUUGCAAAUAA